CUCUGCGCCUGCGCGGCGUUCACGCGGUUCCGGGUACUGAUGUUGGUUUUCCAAGCUGUUUGCAGAGAAACUGAGGCACCGAGAGGGAGCGACUGCUCCCGAAACCCACAAGAAACCCGUUUCCCUUCCUUGGACCCACUGUGAAAGGCUUGGCCUCGGGUCAUCGGCAGUGUCCCCGAAACUCCAAAUUUUUCUGGUGAGGACGUGAAGACUCUGAGACUCUGAGCGUGAACAAGGUCGCGCUUUGGCGGCCGGGAUUUUAACCCUGACAGCCCAGCUCUGAGUCCUGCGAGGCCUUGUGGAACCGAGAUGACCCACUCUUUGGUUUGUCCAGAGACAGUGAGCAGGGUGAGUUCGGUGCUGAAUCGUAACACUCGGCAGUUUGGAAAGAAGCACCUGUUCGACCAGGAUGAGGAGACCUGCUGGAACUCGGACCAGGGCCCCUCCCAGUGGGUAAUACUGGAGUUUCCCCAGCGCAUCUGUGUCUCCCAGCUGCAGAUCCAGUUCCAGGGGGGCUUUUCCAGUCGCCAGGGCCGCCUAGAAGGUUCUCAGGGGAGUGAGGCUCUUAGCAAGAUUGUGGACUUUUAUCCUGAGGACAACAACUCGCUUCAGACUUUCCCUGUGCCAUCUGCUGAGGUGGACCGGCUGAAAGUGACAUUUGAGGACGCCACUGAUUUCUUUGGCCGAGUGGUCAUCUACCACCUGCGGGUGCUAGGGGAGAAGAAGGUGUGAGGCCACUGGGUGGCUGCCUCCUCCAGGACGUCCUCUGGGAAGCACAGUGAAGUCCUUCAAGUUCUGCACAGAAGGUUUAUUGGUUCCUCUUGGAAAGGGCACCCCCCCCACCGUCUGUCCAGGAGCUGCCUUUGAAGCCAGUUCUGGGUUCCCCCAGCUCUGGGUCGACCAUUUUGUUCCCUGAGUGUCUGAGUCCCUGGCAGACGGCGUUCACUCAGGGGUGGCGGGCACCAGGUUGCUCUGGAAGAGUUUAAGGAUGUGGUUCUCGAUCACCUGUUGCACUGGAAACAGAACAGGGAAAAGGUGGACCAUGAACUGAACAGCGGCUGCAGAGGCACAGGCCAACCUGUACCUUCCCCUCAGGGUAAGAACAGGGGCCUCAGCCCUGGGACCUGGAUGGAGGACCCAUUUCAUACACAGGGAAAUCCAAGCCCUUGCCAGAGCACAGCUGGGAAGACAGAGGCCCCCCUCAUAGGAACCUCUAUUUCCCCUAAGUUUGUAAAAAUGCAUUUUUGGAGGCUUUUCAGAAUUAUAAAAAUACUCCUUACCAAACAAAAUGGUCAAGUUGGAACUUUUAUGAAAAGAUGAGGGGGACUGUGAGGAAUUACUUGUCUCAAAUGGAAUAAAACUCCUUCAAGGAAGGAGUGGGAUAUUUCCCAUACCCCCCCACAUGACCCCAGGGGGUCAGUUCUGUUAGGAUCCCCCCAUUUUCUGAAGUGGGGAGUCAAGCUGGGGUCUGCCUACAGCCCCUACUCACACCCACCUCUUGCUGUGGAGGGGGCUGGGCUCCAUGGCCAUGUGAACUGUGGCCUUCCUGGUAUCCUCACCCUGCCAGGGCCUCCUUUGGGCCUCUCAGUGCCUACAUGUCCCCCCAUU